AGAACGUUAAGACGCGAUGUUUGCAAACGGGGGCUUCGCCGAUGCUGGAGUCAUGAACCAUGGAUUAUGUACGUACAGCGGUCAAUUUCGCGGCGCAAUACAUACCGCGGCAGCGAUUGCGGAGCAGGUGAGGUUUUGUAUAUAGCGUUGACGACCUCGUUUUAUCUUGCCAACGUAAUUGCCUGUCAUGUCGCGUGCCAUUGUACUAGGAGCUGCGCUAUACUUUGGCUUAGCGAACUGCUACUCCAACUCUUCAGCUCCAACUGUUGAGGUCAAGAACGGGUCGUACUACGGUGUGCACUCAGCAGAGUACAACCAGGACUUCUUCUUGGGCAUUCCGUAUGCCCAGCCACCAGUGGGAAGUUUGCGGUUCAGGAAUCCAGUGAGCUUGAAUGAGAGCUGGAACGAUGCAAAAGCAGCUACGCAGUACUCAAGCGAAUGCUACGGAUAUGGUUCGGAUCAAUGGAACUACGCAGUUUCCGAGGACUGUUUGUAUGUCAACGUAAUCCGUCCAGCAGGUUUCGAGAAUCAAAAGCUCCCAGUUGCGUUCUGGAUUCAUGGCGGCGGCUUCUUCGAGGGCGGAGGUAUUGACCAGCGCUACAACUUAUCUUUCACAGUAGAGAACUCUGUGAAGAUCGGUAAGCCUAUCAUCGGCGUAAGCAUCAAUUACCGAUUGAGUGCUUGGGGAUUUCUCAGCGGAAGCAAAGAAGUACAAGACAAUAAUGCUCUGAAUCUUGGACUCAAAGAUCAGCGACUAGCACUAGAAUGGGUCCAGGACAAUAUCGAGGCUUUUGGUGCAGGCGAUGCUGAAAAAGUGACCAUUUACGGGGAGAGUGCAGGCGGAGCGUCCGUUGGCUUCCACCUCACAGCCUAUGGUGGCCGCGACGAUAAGCUCUUCCGUGGUGCCAUAAUGCAGAGCGGCAAUCCUAUCAACUUCGGGGUCUUGAAAAAUCCUUUGAGUAAUGCGGAUUGGUACAACGAGCUCGUCCGCCGGACAAGCUGCGGCAAUUCGUCCAGUACAUUCGAAUGUCUUCGCCAACUGCCUGCCGAGCAGCUCAACACAGCCAUCAACACCACAAGCCCGGCAUCAAAUCUUUCCAUUAUACAAUUUAUGCCUGUAUUAGAUUACGACUUCAUAAAGAAGCCCACGUCUCUUCAGCUCAAAGCUGGCGACUAUGUAAAAGUCCCCAUCAUAUCCGGCGCCAAUUCAGACGAGGGCAGCGCAUUUGGCCCGUCGCCGGUCGAAACGACUGAAGAUUUCUACAGGUACAUGACAAGCUCCGGUCGUGGUAACGUCCCGCCUGCGUUAGCAAAGCAGCUACUGGAAGCAUACCCAGACGACCCAUCAGUCAACGUAAUCGCGAACCUGGGCAACUCCAGACCCGGCCCACCGUUUGGUGCGCAAUUCCGCCGGUCAGCAUCUUACUUUGGUGAUAUGGUCUUCAUUGCCAACCGCAGGCUGACUUGCGAGACCUGGGCCGCUGCCGGUCUAUCGGCGUACUGCUAUCGCUUCAAUGCGAUCCCCGCAGGUCUACCACCAACGAUUGGAGUAACACAUUUCCAGGAAGUGGCUUUCGUGUUCCUUAACCUCGAGGGACGGGGUUAUGUACCCGCUGCGGUGCCUCCCUUCACCAAUAAAAGCGAGAGCUACCGCGAUCUUGCUAGAUUCAUGAACAGCAACUGGGUAAGCUUUGUACACGACUUGGACCCGAAUGCGUGGAGGGAGAACAACGCUUGGAAUGGAACAGAAGCGCUGUGGCCAAAGUAUGAUGUCGCGAAUCCGCUAGACAUUGUGUUCGAUGCCAAUGUGUCGAGCCAUACGGAGCCAGACACGUACCGCAAGAAGGGAAUGGAGUUGAUUAACGCCAAUAACUACGAGGUGUUCAAUCGAUGAAGCAUAGUUCAUUGCUAUAUAUAUAUCAAAGACGAAGUUUCCUAAGAGACAGGUGACG